GUGAACGUGAACAGAGAGGUCCAAGAGAGGAAACCCGACUACAAGAUACACGAAUAAUAAACCAUACCCUGGAAGUUGACUGUUUGAAUGUGCUGCGCAAAGCAAACAGUGUUUUAUAAAGUUUCACACCUCCAAUAACCCCUUGGAGAGCACCGCCGUGGGAAAUUCCUCCAACGAUGACGGCACAACGAUCGUCUCUCUUACCCGCGGAUAUGAUAGAGUCCCAGCUGGCUAUCAUUGAUCUUCUCACGGCCAUGUUUCCGGGCCCGGGCGAGCUGGACCUGCCCGAGUCUACAUCGCAAUGUGUGGAUCAACUACGGGACUGGUGUCAAGAUCCAUCGACCGUGCCGUCGGGAAUCCCUGCCAGCCUCUUGCUGGGGGUGUGUCUGCCGCUGGAGGACGGCGGGAAGACAAUCCAGGUCAAUGUCUCCAUUCCCUUGCACAGUGAGGGUCCUGCACUAGAUCAGCCACCCCCGGCGAAGUAUACACUGCGCCAACCAGACUGGAUGUCCAAGGCCGAGGUCGCUGCGCUGGCCGCUACGAUGCCACAGGACGACGUCUUUACGGCCUUGGACCAUGUUCGUGAGGAAGCGACGCGGUUCUUAGAAGCCCAGCCAACGCAGCCGGUGGAUCUCUCACCGAGUCAGUCAGGGUCAGGACCUCUGGUGCGGGUUUGGUUCUACUUCCCUUCCCUAUCCACGCGCAAGAAGCGGGAUGAUCUGGUGCAUCACGCGGCAGGUUAUGGGCUCACGGGAUUUGUAUUGGCGGGCAAACCAGGCGUGUUGUGCCUGGAGGGGAUAUCGCAGAAUAUCGAUGCGUACAUGAGCUUCAUUAAAACCCAUUCCUGGGGGGAUAUCCCCAGUCAUCAGAAAAAGGUCAGCGAACGAUAUCGCGAGACGGAAGGGGUGCAGCGGGUAUUUGAGGGGAUGGAGGAGAUCACGGAUUCCCUGGGAGAACGCAGCGGGCAGCGAGCCAACCGGGGGGAUAUGCAGGCCUUGGAGGCGUGGCUACAGGCCCGCGGAUUGCAGCAUGCUUUUGAGCAGGUGAUCUUCUAG